UUAGGUACCGAUAAGGAGCACACUGUCUACGAGGCAGAAACGGUAGGUCUUACCCUUGCAGCGAAGCUAAUAUCAACAGAACACCAUCUAUCAUUUCCCCUCUCGAUCUCUAUCGAUAACCAAGCAGCGCUCAAAUCAGGUGAAAACGCAUACACCAUGUCAGGCUCUUAUUUAGGAGAACGGUUCAGAAGAAUGAUGUUGAAGCUCUCGAAAGACCAUCCAGACUACGACGUCACAUUGAGAUGGGUACCAGGCCACGAGGGAGUGCAUGGUAACGAGGAAGCGGACAAGGCCGCAAAGAAAGCCGCGGAAGGCCCAACAAGUAACAGCCCCCCAGCUCUCCUACCACGAUACCUGAAGAAC